AUGGCCAAUGGAAGAGUUGAUACAUCCUUAAUCAAUUACAUUCCUCAACUAAAGUUCACAAAGCUUUUCAUCAAUGGAGAUUUUGUGGACUCUAUCUCAGGAAAAACUUUUGAGACCAUAGAUCCAAGAAAUGAGGAAGUGCUUGCAAAAGUGUCGGAAGGUUCCAAUGAGGACGUUGACUUGGCUGUUAAAGCAGCUCGACAAGCCUUUGACUACGGUCCCUGGCCUAGGCUGUCUGGAUCUGAAAGACGACGAAUAAUGCUUAGAUUGGCGGACCUCAUAGACCAACACCAUGAAGAAUUAGCCGCCUUGGACACGGCUGACGCCGCCAAUCUGUACACGUUGACGAAGGGCGCGUUCAUCCACGGCGCCGCGGAAGUUAUCCGCUACUACGCGGGCGCAGCGGAUAAAAUCCACGGGGCAACCUUGAAGCUGUCGGGCGAUAAGCAGGGCUACACGCUCCUUGAGCCCAUUGGCGUUGUUGGGCUCAUAAUCCCAUGGAAUUUUCCGACCCAAAUGUUCGCCAUGAAAGUGGGCCCGGCCCUGGCUGCUGGCUGCACCGUUAUUCUCAAGCCCGCUGAGCAAACUCCACUCUCCGCGCUUUAUUAUGCACAUCUGGCUAAGCAGGCUGGUGUGCCAGAUGGAGUCUUCAAUGUUGUGACAGGCUAUGGAUCCAUAGUUGGUGCUGCAAUCACCUCUCACAUGGAUGUUGAUAUGGUGAGUUUCACGGGCUCGACUGAAACGGGACACCGUGUAAUGCAGGCGGCAGCCGCUAGCAACCUGAAACACGUGGCACUCGAAUUGGGCGGGAAAUCUCCAUUCAUCGUUUUCGAUGACGUGGACAUCGAUAAAAUCGCUCCUCUUGCCCUCACCGCAUGUUUUUUUAACCAGGCAAGUAACGAGUCGUGUAAAUAUAGCGGUCAAAUAUGCGUAGCCGGGACGCGUGUUUUUAUUCAAGAAGGGAUAUACGACAAAUUCAUUGCUCGACUAUUGGAACAGUUGAAAACGUGGGUCGUUGGUGACCCUUUCGAUCCAAAUGUUAAUCAAGGGCCUCAACAGGUCGACAAGAAACAAUACGAGAAGGUGCUCUCGUACAUCGACCGUGGGAAGAAAGAGGGAGCCACCUUGCUCACGGGCGGUAAACCUCUCGACCGAAAAGGAUACUAUAUCGAGCCAACGAUAUUCACUGAUGUCACCGAUGACAUGAGCAUCGCCAAGGAAGAAAUCUUCGGACCGGUCAUGUCGAUCAUGAAAUUCAAAACAUCAAAUUCAUCAAAGCCGCUGUCCAAAUCCAAAGAAAAUGAGAUGCCCAGAAAACCCUUUUCACAAAUACCCAAAAGGGACGCAUCCCAGAGCCAAAAUCUUAAACCCAUUUGCAAAAAUGGUCGAAGAUCGAAGCUUGCACCUGUUGAGAGCCAAAAAUCGGACAAAUUCGAAAAGGGGCCUUCAGAAUUUCAGUCAAAGUUGAACAAGAACUCGCAAAACAAUGGCCCAACUUCAGGUAAUAUGACUAACAAUCCUAGUUGUGAUGAAAAACGUAGUCCCGUGGCAAAAUCCAUUAAUUUCAGCACUGUGAUGGUUAAUUUUUCUUCGAAUGAGGUAGAUAAAGAGAAUGAUAGUAGUUGUUGCACUGCUGUAAAAACGCCUCCAGUCGAGGCGUCACUAUCCCCCGAGAUCCAAACUCAGUCACGUUCUAAGAUUCCGGUUUCGAAAAUGGAGGCGAAGACCCCCAUUUUUUACGGUGCCGGCCAUCUCGUCUCGGGUGUCAACGAUAAAAGAAAGUGCAGGCGAAGGGGGAGCCUUAAAGGUUUUGAAGAAACUAACUUUUUUCAUGAAAAUGGUUAUAUCUCGAUUCCUUUGCCUGCCGAGGCCUCGGUCAGGUGGGUCUUAUCCCCAUGUGACGAGGAGCGUGUGGAUUUCGAUCGUGGUUGGAGUGAAAAAGCAUCAGAUUCAGUGUGUGCUGAUAUUGGUUCUGAUAAUGAGGCGAAUAGUAUUGGUCAUUAUUCAGCAUUAUCUAUUUGUUCCUUGAGUGGUGGAAAUAUCAUCCAGACACCGAACUCGGAUUCGAGCUCGGGCAAGCACGGCGGACUUGUUCGGUCUGAAAUGGAUGCUGCAACUAAAUCUUUGAACGGAGUGCGUAUGCCGAUGUGGGAACCUGCUAUUUUACGAGAAAGUGCAGUUAAUAGUGUUUCUUCUUCUUGGGUGUCGAGUACUGCAUUAGAUAAUUUGGCAUUGUCCCGGAUGAAAAUUUCAUGGCGAGAUGGGCUUGCAGACAAGAUUCUCGAAAAUGAUGAAUUCGAUGAUUGCUGUUGCUUGUUGUCUGAUGAGGAGGCCGAUGGGUUUUGUAGUGAAAAGAAGAUAGUAUCGUGUCUAGGCAGUGAAGAAAAAGAAUCGGGUGAUAAUAAUAAAGACAAUGGUUUUAGGAUGGAAAACGGCUUGUGUCCAGUGUUUCUCGAUUAUGAACCUCAAAUUUGUGGCAGAGGGAAAGAAAAAUCAUCGUCAAAUGGGGUUAACGUGUGUGUUGCAGAGUCUUUUUUGACUGAUGGGGGUAGCUUAGUUGCUUCUAGUGAUUCGGACUGGACUUACUGUCGUGAAAAUCGCUUGUUUCAGUUUUGGUCCAAGCAAGAAGGUAGAUUACUUCAAGGAACAAACAAAUGA